GGUGCGGGGGGACGCCUGCCAUUCCUGCGGUGUGUGACAGAGACAUCCGAGCGAAGCGCUGCCAUGGCUGGAGUGUUUGACAUUGAUUUGGAUCAGCCGGAGGAAAAUGUCUCCGACGAUGAGUGCGAGGAGGUUCAAAUCAAUGAUAUCAUGGAUCAGUGCAGUGGAUUUGAAUUCAACAUGGACGAUUGUGAGAAGAUUGAGAUAUCGGAGGACAAUGUCAAUCAGGGGACGGAGAACAUUAGACCUGAGUGCUUUGAGCUGCUGCGGGUCCUGGGGAAAGGUGGCUAUGGAAAGGUUUUCCAAGUUCGAAAAGUUGUCGGUGCUGCUUCAGGCAAAAUAUUUGCCAUGAAAGUUUUAAAAAAGGCUAUGAUUGUACGCAAUGCCAAGGACACAGCGCACACCAAGGCUGAGAGGAACAUCCUGGAGGAGGUGAAGCAUCCCUUCAUCGUUGAUCUCAUCUACGCCUUCCAGACAGGAGGAAAGCUGUACCUCAUCCUCGAGUACCUUAGUGGAGGAGAACUUUUCAUGCAGCUAGAGAGGGAGGGCAUCUUCAUGGAAGACACAGCCUGUUUCUACCUGGCAGAGAUCUCCAUGGCUCUUGGUCACCUGCACCAGAAGGGCAUAAUCUACAGAGACCUUAAGCCUGAGAACAUCAUGCUCAACAGUCAAGGUCAUGUAAAGCUGACAGACUUUGGUCUGUGUAAAGAGUCCAUCCACGACGGCACAGUCACUCACACUUUCUGUGGUACCAUCGAAUACAUGGCCCCAGAGAUCUUGAUGAGAAGUGGACACAACAGAGCAGUGGACUGGUGGAGUCUGGGCGCUCUGAUGUACGACAUGCUCACAGGAGCGCCACCGUUCACUGGCGAAAACCGAAAAAAGACCAUUGACAAGAUUCUGAAGUGUAAGCUCAGCCUUCCACCCUACCUCACACAGGAAGCUCGAGAUCUCCUGAAACGGUUGUUAAAGAGAAAUGCUUCAUCACGCCUGGGAGCAGGAGCAGGAGAUGCCACAGAGGUGCAGGCUCAUCCGUUCUUUCGACACAUCAACUGGGAGGAUCUGCUGGCUCGGAAAGUUGAGCCUCCCUUCAAACCUUUCCUGCAAUCGGCCGAAGACGUGAGUCAGUUUGACUCGAAGUUCACCAGUCAAACACCAGUCGACAGCCCUGAUGACUCAACCCUCAGUGAGAGUGCCAAUCAAGCCUUCCUGGGUUUCACAUAUGUAGCUCCAUCAGUCCUUGAGAACAUCAAGGAAAGGUUCUCAUUUGAGCCAAGAAUUCGCUCACCUCGACGGAUCUUGGGCAGUCCAAGAACACCUCUGAGCCCAGUCAAAUUCCCAGGGGGGGAAUGUUGGCCACGAAGCCCCCUUCUCACUGCCGGUGGACCUGGUGUCCUCCAGUCUUCUCAGGACCAGGCCAUGGAACUGUCCACACCUGAGCAGAUGGACGUCACCACCAGCUCCGAGGCCUCGGCCCCUCUUCCCAUCCGUCAGCCUACCGGGGUCAACCUGGGUCAGAUGAAGCAGCAGGCCUAUCCCGUCAUGGCUAAGCGGCCCGAACAUCUACGUAUGAACCUAUGACCCGCCACGCCUGUGUAGGAGAGUUUAUUUCUUGACUUUUUUCUUUAUUGAUAUUUUUUAAGAAAAGAAGCAAAAAGAGAUGGAUGCUCUGGAGACAAUGAAAAUCAAAAAAUUGCACACUACAUUAACUGUCACAAGCUGGAGUUUGUGCGUGGGUCUGGGACUCGGGUGUGCCGCAGUAAAAAACAGCUACCGACAACAUCGACAUCUCACCACUUCUCCCCCUGACUACCCCUCCUCUUCCUCCUGAAGUGGACUUCUAGGACUGGAAAUCUUUGAGGAGCUUCAGCCUUCGUGUGAUCAGGAAGUCAAAGGCGAUAAUGUGUCACACAGUAUGCAAGCGAUUUAAAACAGUCUGUUGUACAAGAUGACAUCCAAAGUGCUUUGUGCUGUUUGAAUGAAUGCCAGUGAGGUAACUUUUGACAGUAUUUCUUCGUAGACAAAAAUUCUUCCUGGCUCUGGUUUAAAUUAUAUGAACGAGGUUUAUGAUUAAAAAAGAUCGUCAGUGAGAGCAGCGGACGAGCCGAGGGUCUGGUGUUGAUGAACCUAGCUUUACAUCUUACGAUGUUUUAACUGAAUGGAUGCAUUAACUGUGCUUUACAUUGAUGAUGAAUCACAGAGCCUAAAUUAAAGAAGAAGAAAAACCA